AUGGUUCACAACAAAGUUACUAUCAUUGGUUCCGGCCCAGCUGCCCACACCGCCGCCAUCUACUUGGCCAGAGCAGAAGUCAAGCCAACCUUGUAUGAAGGCAUGAUGGCCAACGGUAUUGCUGCUGGUGGCCAAUUGACUACCACUACCGAAAUUGAAAACUUUCCAGGGUUCCCAGAAGGUUUGACGGGUGGUGAACUGAUGGACAGAAUGAGAGAGCAAUCCACGAAGUUUGGUACUGAAAUCAUCACUGAGACCAUUUCUAAAGUCGACCUAUCUUCCAAGCCAUUCAAAUUAUGGACCGAAUUUAAUGAAGACGCAGACCCUGUGACCACGGACGCCAUAAUCUUGGCCACAGGUGCUUCUGCCAAGAGAAUGCAUCUGCCUGGCGAGGAAACCUACUGGCAAAAGGGUAUAUCUGCCUGCGCCGUGUGUGAUGGUGCCGUCCCUAUUUUCAGGAACAAACCGUUAGCCGUUGUUGGUGGUGGUGACUCUGCGUGCGAAGAGGCUCAGUUCUUGACCAAAUACGGUUCAAAGGUGUUUAUGCUUGUUAGAAAGGACCACCUGCGUGCUUCCACUAUUAUGCAAAGACGUGCUGAACAAAACGAGAAAAUCGAAAUUCUUUACAACACUGUUACGCUAGAGGCUAAGGGUGAUGGCAAAUUAUUAAACGCCUUGAGAAUCAAGAACACUCAAAAAAAUGACGAAAGCGACUUGCCAGUCAAUGGAUUAUUCUACGCAAUUGGCCACUCUCCAGCUACCAAGAUUGUUGCUAACCAAGUAGAUGUUGAUGAAGCCGGCUACAUUAAGACUGUCCCGGGCUCUUCCCUAACUUCUGUUCCGGGGUUCUUCGCUGCUGGUGAUGUUCAGGACUCUAAAUACAGACAAGCCAUCACUUCUGCUGGCUCCGGUUGUAUGGCCGCUUUGGAUGCUGAAAGGUACUUGACCUCCCUAGAAUAA